CUCUCCUCUUAAUAAGCAAUGUCUGCAUCCCCCCAAAAGGAUCCAGAUCUGCUUGAUCAGCGCUCUGCUCAUUUGGGUAGACCCAUUUCAGAGAUUUCAUUGCAGAAAGCCAGAAAGAAUGGCAGAGUCUGAGUGAGGAGAAGAAAUUUUAUUACUAUUGAGUAGCGAGGAAGAUACGCAGAAACAAAAAUAAAAGGGUGACUGAGAAAAGAUCUCCUCCUCCCAAACAAGGAAAGCGAAAUCUCAGCCUUUUUGGGCUCACUUCUUUUUUUGGGAGUACGAGUAGCUAUAUAAAGGAACCCUUUUUAGUACUGGGUUAUAGGCUGUAAUGACUUUGCUCAGACUUUCGCAGUCUUCAGCUUAGACUGUGCUGUACUGGAAGAAGAAGAUUAUAAACAGAGAGAGAGAGAGAGUUAUGAGAGAAGAUAAUGGCUUUAAUAAGAGAAGGCUAUUGGGUUGUUGCAGUGAUUAGUAAACAGAGGGUUUCUUUUUUAGUGUGUGAGAAGAACAAGGUUUAAAAAAAAUUGGGCUUCACGGGAUUGUCAGUGGGUAUCUUUCAUUUUUAGUACACGUUGCUCCAGAAAGGUUUGUGUUUUAGGGAGAGAAGGAAGCGGUGGAGGCGUUAUAGUGCUUUUUGCUAGAGUUUGAGUCGGUGGACAAAGUGGUGUGUGUAAACAUUUCAAUCGGCGCCUUUUUUGAAUUUAAGAUUCAAGAAGAAGAAGGUGGUCUGUUCUUCACGAGGUGCUGUCAGAUUUUUGCAAAGGAGAGAAAGAGAAAGAAAAGAGGGGGCUAGUCAUUUUAUCCAUAUUUAUUUUUAAGUUCAUAACUCCACAUUCUAGAGAGAUAAAGUAUGGGGAGAGCUAGAAGAUGGUUGAAGGCUCUGUUGGGGAUGAAGAAAGAGAAAGACCCUCUUGAGCUUCCAAAUAGUACUACCAAUACUACUCGACCUGGUGAUCGGAAAGAGAAGAGAAGGUGGAGUUUCAGCAAGUCAUUGAAAGAUGCAAGUCCAAUUAGUCAUGUCCCGGCUAAUCUUCCCCCGAAUGUUUCCCCUGCUGACUCAGCCUGGCUCAGAUCCUAUCUUGCCGAGACAGAGAAGGAACAGAACAAGCACGCAAUUGCGGUGGCUGCUGCCACUGCCGCCGCUGCUGACGCUGCCGUGGCUGCUGCUCAGGCGGCGGUGGCGGUUGUGAGGCUGACGAGCAAGGGCGGCUGUGGAGGAGACUUGUUUGGUAAGAGAGAGAGAUGGGCGGCAAUGAGGAUUCAGACUGUUUUCAGAGGCUAUUUGGCAAGGAAGGCGCACCGAGCUCUUAGAGGACUUGUUAAGUUGCAGGCUCUUGUUAGAGGUUUUCUUGUCAGGAAACGAGCUGCUGCUACUCUUCAUGGUAUGCAAGCUCUUAUUAGAGCACAGACAAGUGUCCGCUACCAGCGAGCACGUCGUUCUUUCAAUAAAGAGAACAGGUUCCUACCCGAAAGCAGGCCUAGGAAGUCCAUUGAGAGAUUUGAUGAAGCAAGAAGUGAAUUUUAUAGCAAGAGGCUUUCUGCAACUUAUGAACCUUCUCUUAAUGGCUUGGAUGAAAGCCCAAAGAUUGUUGAAAUCGAUACCUUCAGAACCAGAUCCAGGUCUCGCCGAUACAACACUGUCUUAUCUGAAUAUGGCGAAGACGUGCCUUACACCUCUUCGCCACUGCCAUGUCCAAUUCCAACUCGCAUUACUGUACCGGGGGGCCAGCAGCUUCAGGAUUGUGAAUGGUACUUCACUGCUGAUGAAUGCAAGUUCACUACAGCCCAUAGUACCCCCCGUUUGGCCAGUUCUUUUCGGUCUAAUGCACCCAGUACACCUGCCAAGAGUGUUUGUGGAGACAGCUUCUUUCAGCCUUACUCAAACUGCCCAAACUAUAUGUCUAGCACCAAGUCAUUUAAGGCCAAAUCAAGGUCCCACAGUGCACCGAAGCAAAGGCCUGAACCCCUGCCUAGGAAGAGGCUUUCCCUUGAUGAAAUAUUGGCAGCGAGAAACAGUGUGAGUGGCAUUCGAAUGCAUCGACCCUACAACCAAGUCCAAGAAGAAGUCUUGAAUUAUUGAGGAAGCAGCUGCGAUGGGAAGACUAGCCUCUUUCUUAGAUCAAAAUCAGGAAGCACUUGCAUAGCAGAUGGUAAACUGGUAAAGUAACAGAUUGGAGAGGAUAAGAGCUUCUCCAAGCCUUAUUUUCCCACUUUAGUAAUUGACAAUGAAUAGGGUAGAACACAGUGCUUUGUAAAUUCUUCGUUUUCUCAACAGUUUCUUUCU